AUGAUCUUGCUCCCACUAUGUAACAUCGUAUCUUGCUCCACAAGCAACACAAUCACCAGAAACCAAACGAUACGAGACGGAGACUCACUGAUCAGCAAGGAUGAAACCUUCGAGCUUGGAUUCUUCAGCACCAACGAUUCAACCUCGAGGUACGUCGGAAUCUGGUACAAGAACAUCGAACCUCAAACGAUUGUCUGGGUCGCGAAUCGAGAUAAGCCAUUGUCUGAUCGCAACGGAGCUCUAAAGAUUGCAGAUGACGGAAACUUGUUGGUCGUGGACGGUCAAAACGACACCGUCUGGUCCACAAACGUCUCUCCCAAGCUGAACAACACUGUUGCUGUUCUGUUGGAAACAGGGGAUUUGGUUUUGUCUUCAGAUUCAGACAGAAGCAAUAGGUAUUGGGAGAGCUUUGACCAUCCAACUGAUACUUUCUUGCCUGGUAUGAAGUUUAGAGCGAAUCCUUCAACGGGAGAGAAUCGCACUUUUAUCCCUUGGAGAUCCGAAAAUGAUCCUUCACCAGGAAGGUAUUCACUAGGGAUUGAUCCUAUUGGAGCCCUAGAGAUUGUGAUUUGGGAAGGCGAAAGGAGAAAAUGGAGAAGCGGACCGUGGAAUUCGGUUAUCUUUACCGGUAUACCGGAUAUGUUCCGAUUCACGAACUAUAUUUACGGGUUUAAGCUCUCUUCUCCUCCUGAUAGAGAUGGUACCGUGUACUUCACGUAUGUUCCUUCAGAUAAGUCUGAUUUGUUAAGGUUUCAUAUUAGGUUUGAUGGCGUUGUAGAGCAGUUCAGAUGGAAUAAAAACGACAAGAACUGGACUUUGCUUCAGCUGAAACCUAACACAGAAUGCGAGAGGUAUAAUCGUUGCGGUAAUUACAGCUUUUGUGAUGAUAGUAAAGAGUUUGGUUCCGGUAAAUGUAGUUGCAUUGAUGGGUUUGAGCCGGUGAACCGGAGUCGAUGGGAUGAUGAGACUUUCUUCGGUGGUUGUAAAAGAAGAGUUCCAUUGAGCUGUGGUCAGAGUCUUGUUACGGAUGAAGGAGAUGGGUUUAGGGUUCUUAGGGGAAUGAAGUUGCCUGAUUUUGGUUCAGUUGUUUUGGUUAACAACUUGGUGGCUUGUAAGGAUGCAUGCGUGAGGGAUUGCUUGUGUAAUGCUUUUGCGCUUGUAAGAGGGAUCGGAUGCAUGAUUUGGACCCGAGAUUUGAUCGAUAUGGAGCGGUUUGAGCAUGGUGGAGAGUCUAUCCACAUCCGGCUUGCGCGAUCUGAAUUAGGAGGUGGGAAGAAAAAAUGGAAACUUUGGAUCAUUGUUUUCAGUGUUGUAGGUGCAUUCUUGCUAGGGUUAUGCAUUUGGAUAUUAUGGAAGUUCAAGAAAAGAGUUAAAGCUUUCUUGUGGAAGAAGAAAGAUUUUCCGGUUUCCGAUAUCAGAGAGAAGAGAGAUUUCUCGGUUAAGUCCUCAAGCUCGCCGAUCCAAGUUCUAGUAGGAGAUCAAGUUAACACACCGGAUUUGCCGGUUUUCAGUUUCAACAGCGUAGCCUCAGCAACUGGAGAUUUCGCUGAAGAAAACAAACUUGGACAAGGCGGAUUUGGUACUGUUUAUAAGGGAAACUUUUCAGGAGGGAGAGAGAUGGCGGUAAAGAGGCUAUCAGGGAAAUCUAAGCAAGGAUUAGAGGAAUUCAAGAACGAGAUCUUACUGAUCGCGAAGCUCCAGCAUCGGAAUCUUGUAAGAUUACUAGGUUGUUGCAUUGAAGACAAUGAGAAGAUGCUUCUCUAUGAAUACCUGCCAAAUAAAAGCUUGGACCGUUUCCUUUUCGAUGAGAGUAAACGAGGAAUUUUGGACUGGAGAAAACGAUGGGAGAUCAUUGGAGGAAUCGCGAGGGGAUUGCUUUACUUGCAUAGAGACUCAAGACUAAAGAUCAUCCACCGUGACCUAAAAGCUAGCAAUAUCUUGCUGGACACGGAAAUGAAUCCAAAGAUUUCAGAUUUCGGUAUGGCUAGGAUCUUCAACUACCGACAAGACCAGGCCAAUACUAUCCGAGUCGUCGGCACAUAUGGAUAUAUGGCUCCGGAGUAUGCAAUGGAAGGGAUAUUCUCAGAGAAAUCUGAUGUGUAUAGCUUUGGAGUUUUGUUACUAGAGAUUGUGAGUGGAAGCAAGAACGUUAGCUAUAGAGGGUCUGAACAUGGAAGUCUCAUCGGUUAUGCGUGGAAUUUAUGGAGCCAAGGAAAGACGAAAGAGCUAAUAGAUCCAACGGUGAAGGACAAUGGAGACGUAAAUGAGGCAAUGAGAUGUAUCCACGUGGGGAUGUUGUGUACACAAGACUCGGUUUAUUACAGACCAAACAUGGGUUCGGUUUUGUUGAUGUUGGAGAGUCGAACCGGUCAUCUUCCUCGUCCGAGACAACCUACCUUCCAUUCGUUCUUAAACUCCGGCGAGAUUUUAGACGGUCAAGAUGUUGCAUCGGUCAAUGAUGUUACUUUGACCACGGUUGUUGGUAGAUGA